CUAGUGCUAAAGCCACGAAGCCCAGCCCACCGCCCAAAAUCCUCCCCUCUCUUCGCCCUCACCGCCGGCCGCCGCCGCCGCCGCCAUCAACCACCACCAAUCGCCCGAUCGCCAUGGCGCUGCGCCGAGCCGCCUCGCUCCUCCUCAGGUCCCGCCUGCGAGGCCCAGUCCCGACCCCCGCGCGCAAAACCCCAAACCCUCUCCCUGCGCCGCCAUGCCGCCACUUCUCGCCGCGACCGCCGUCUCCCGUCCCCGCCUCCUCCUCCGCCGCCGCCGUCGCGGAGGCCGCUGAGGAGGCGUUCGAGACGGCGAGGACCACGAACGACAUGCUCGCCGCCUUCUCUCGCCUCGAGGCCACCGUGCCCGCCAACGACAAGCGCCUCGCCCUCGCCUGCCUCAAGCUCGGCCAGCACCUCGAGGCAUCGGGCUCCGCCGACCCGUCCCGAGUCCUUUCCCUCGCGCUCCGAUGUCUGGGCAUCCUCGAGGCGACCCCCUACUCCUCCACCUCCACCUCCGUCUCCGCCUCCGACGCCGUCUCGCUCGCCAUGGCACUCCACCUCGCCGGCUCCGCCUCCUUCGACCUCUCCCGCUUCCACGACGCGCUCUCCUUCCUCGCCCGCUCGCUACGCCUCCUCACACCGCUCAUCCCGGAUAGAAGCGUGGCAUUUGGGGUUGGGGAAGAACCGGAAGGGUUCGACGUGAGGCCCGUGGCGCACGCAGUGCGUCUGCAGCUGGCUAACGUGAAGACGGCGCUGGGGAGGCGGGAGGAGGCGCUCGCCGACAUGCGCGCUUGCCUCGACCUCAAGGAGUCCAUCCUGCCGCCGGGCAGCAGGGAGCUGGGAGCAGCGUACCGAGACCUCGCGGAGGCGCACGCCACUCUGCUCGACUUCAAGCAGGCUCUGCCAUUGUGCCACAAGGCGUUGGAGCUGCAUGAAUCCACGCUCGGCAAGAACUCUAUGGAGGUUGCGCAGGACAGGCGGCUGCUUGGGGUAAUAUACACUGGGCUGGAGCAGCAUGAGCAGGCGCUUGAGCAGAAUGAGAUUUCGCAGAAGGUGAUGAAGAGCUGGGGUGCAGCUGGCCCUGAGCUCCUGCAUGCGGAGAUUGAUGCGGCAAACAUCAAGAUUGCAUUGGGAAAGUUUGAUGAGGCUAUCAGUGUGUUGAAGGCCGUCGCUAAGCAGGUGGAGAAGGACAGUGAGAUGCGAGCUCUAGUGUUCAUAUCAAUGGGGAAGGCCCUUGCUAACCAGGAGAAGGCUGGGGAUACAAAGAGGUGCUUGGAGAUUGCUUGUGAUAUACUGGAGAAGAAGGAAUUGGCCGCACCCGACAAGGUGGCAGAGGCGUAUGUAGAGGUGUCUUCACUGUAUGAGAUGGUGAAUGAGUUUGACAAGGCAAUAUCUUUGCUGAAGAGGAGCCUGGCGAUGCUUGAGAGGAUCCCUCAGGCACAGCACUUGGAGGGCAAUGUCGCAGCAAGGAUUGGGUGGCUGUUGCUCUUGACUGGCAAGGUCUCGGAAGCCAUCCCGUAUUUGGAGGAUGCAGUGGAGAGGAUGAAGGACAGUUUUGGUCCAAAGCAUUAUGGAGUAGGGUAUGUGUAUAACAACUUGGGCGCCGCGUACAUGGAGAUGGACCGACCGCAGUCUUCUGCACAGAUGUUUGCACUCGCCAAAGAAGUCAUGGAUGUGUCUUUAGGGCCUCAUCAUUCGGAUACGAUUGAGGCCUGCCAGAGCCUUGCUAAUGCAUACAAUGCUAUGGGAAGUUAUGCCCUGGCUAUGGAGUUCCAAAAGAGAGUGGCUGAUUCAUGGCGAAGCCAUGGCCCUGAUGCUAGGGAUGAGCUCAAGGAAGCUAUUCGACUGUACAACCAGAUUAAGACAAAGGUCCUCGCAUCCCUAUCACCCGGAGGUUCAGCAAAUGCAUUGCCUGAACCUCAGGAACAGGAAACAGACUCUGAUCCUGCCAAAGCUGUGCAACAGUAAUCUUUAAGUUCAGUCUUGAGGCAACAGUAAUAUACUUUGUGUGUCCAGUUCGAGGUAGAAGCAAUUAAGAGGAUUUCAGUACCAUCUAGAAGACCUGACAGUCUAUCUAAAGUGAUCAAAAUGUGCCUUUUUCCACUUCAUAAAGAAUAGGUACUUGAUGCAAUGCAGGUAUUGGUUGAAGAAUUUGAGUUUUCUUGUUAGUUGUUACAUGUAGUAGUACAAAUUUUGUAUUCCAGAAAUCAAUGGUUGGUGAACUGUCAGUUCCCUGCAGCAAGGAAGACUCCUGAUGAGUCAAGCUAUGAUGUAUGUGACAGAUUUCCACACAGUGUGCCUUUCAAGAAAGUUUUUGGGUGGGACUUUUAGGUCUGAUGUUUAGAUAAAUAUAGGUGUAAAUUCAAAAUGUUUAUCCUUCUGUCAUUCCAGUUUAUGUUUUUCUUUGUCCUUAAGAAAAAGUUGAAUGUUUCAGCUUCUAUGCUUAA